ACCGGAAAUGUUCACGGUUUUGUAAUGGAAGUAUUUUAUUGUAUACUAGUUUUUCUAUAGAACACGUAGAUCUGUAUGUUAUGAUUUAUAUAACAAAUAGCUACUUUGAUUGUGUGAAUUCAAAGGGAAAGAUCUAGAUCUGAGCCACAGAAUAGUAGACACUAGAUUGAUAAUCUUAAUCCUAUAGGCCGUGCCGACAUCCUCAGUGCCAGGAACUAACGAACGACAUGAAGUCAACAGCUGCACGCGAGAGCAAAGACAAACAGAAGACUGUAUCUUACAAACAGAAACAGCCAAGCGAGUCUCAGCGUUUUUCUACAAAGCAAAGCGUCAAGAAAAGCACCAAGUCGGAGAUACCAAAAGCUGAUGGCAAAGUGUCUGGUCCAAGCAAACAAGACCAAAAGCAAGAGGACAUAAUCAAUGCUGAGGAGAACAUUUUCGAUCAGCCGACCCCUGAACUGUUAGAGUUGUCAGACUUCACCGAAGUCUCCGCUGAAUCUGGCCAAAAAGGUGCCAAACAGAAAGCAUACCAACCUUCUAAAUCUACAAAGAACAAGACCAAGGUCCCUAUUAAAAGCAGAAAUUUACUCUCGUCCAAAAAGUCAGAGAAAGCGAAAACAAAAUAUCAGAGAAUCAACUUGGCAGCAUCAAGAAAGCAAGAGUCAUCCUCGGAGAACUCGUAUGUCGCGGAGAAAAAAAUGCAUAGCACGAAAAAUACGGAAGACUUUGUCGAUACAUCCGAUCGCUUAAAGGAGUGGAUCUCAAAUCUGAACGUGGUGGCCAGUAAACAUUCUGAGGAGAAAGGCGAUCCCAUUCCAAGCGUGUCAUCUCAUGGUCAUCUCGUCCCACUACCGUUGGAGAGUCUCAAGUCUAAGGAUGACGCCAUGCACUUUCAGCCACUACCAGUCAGAGAGGUGGAGACGCAAACACUGGCAGACAUACAGGCGAAAAAGAACAGGAAGCUGCUGAGGGAUGAAAGGUUGAAAUUAAAACUGGAAACUUUUAAACACAAAUUCGACAGCUUGUUGGAAAAGCAAUUCUCAAACGCCACAAAAAUUUGGCGGCUGGCUAAGGAAAUGCAGACUUUUACCGAAAACCACGCUUCUUCUUCUCAAAACAGUUGUGAAUGUCCACAUUCGACAAAAACAGGUUUUAACUUACCCCCCAAUCCAAAGUUGAGUGAUGAUUAUAUGUUAAACACCACUCCGGGAAUCGAGAACGGCUACGCCGACGGAUUUGACAACCAGGAUGCUCUCGACACAGACAUGGGAUCGAGUUCCACCAAAGCGUUGAGCUGGCUGGAGAGAGAGCUGCUUCACUGCGAACACAUUGAACGCAAUCGGAGGGAUGUCCCGCAGCACGUCUGCAGCCACGCCCCUUGCAUAUAUGGGAACGGAUUCCUGCAGAAGAACGACUCCAGGCAGCCGACGCCGAGAGUCGCCUUCGUGGACGAAUGUUCGGCUGACAGUCGGUGCUCGUCUCCUAAGCGAGCGCCUUUAAGAAAGCGAUUGUCGCGCUUCAGACUCUCUUUGCACGUGAAGAAACUCUCGCUAAAAAAACAAAGCAAAAUCCUGACAGGAAAAAAGAAAAGCACAAAGGCCCAAUACAUUGUCCUAUUUCUUUUGGUAUUCACACAGUUUUGGGUGCAAAUCUGUUACAGUUAAUUAUAAACUUUUUUUCCUGCAAAGCAUGUCAAGCAGUUAAAAAAAAAUUCCUAUAGCCCUUGUUGACUCAUCGCAAUUAGACUUUAAAAAAAACAACAACAUUGGUUUUUUUGUUUAUCGUACGUUUUUAUAGAAUUUCUUGUUUAGUUAUACCACUGAAAGACAACAUACAACUGUCAUAUUUAACAAACAACUC